AUGUCUCGCUACAGCUCAGGACGUCUCUCUAGCCCUUAUCUCCCCGACCUGCCCUGCGGCUUCCUCGUGGAUGCAGGCCGCUACGAAAUCCUCAACCGCAUCGGGUCCGGAAGCUUCGGCGUCGUCUACCGCGCGCUGGAGCGGGUCCCAGGCAGCGACGAAACCAUCGUCCGUGCGAUCAAGGUCAUGCCCUUCCUCCACACCGGCGGCCCGUACGGCGCAAACGCGAAGGAAGCGAAGGAGCGAGCGGUCGCGACGAUGCAAGACCGGGAGAUGUCCCUGCACGAGCGCGCGUCGGGGCACCCGAACGUGGUCACGCUCCGGCGGUGCAUGUACAGCGACAAGUACGCGUACAUCGUCAUGGACUACGUCUCUGGGGGAAACCUGCGGCACGCGGUGCGCGAACGGAUGUGCCUCGCGGACCGGCCGGUGGAAGUGAAGCGCAUCAUGCUCCAAAUCAUCGACGCCGUCGCGGCGUGCCACGAGAAGGGGAUCUACCACGGGGACCUGAAGCCGUCGAACAUCUUGACGGACCUAUUGAUGACGCAAAUGUUUCUCGCGGACUUCGGGAUGGCGUCGGACAUCCGGGAGAGCAAGGAGUUCAGACACGGAACGUAUCGCUAUAUCUGUCCAGGCAAGUGGUUGUCAGCAGUGGAAUCACAGCAGUAUCAAGACGCUCACACCUCGCCAUGUCCGACAGAGGGCCUGGGCUACCCGGCUUUGUCUUUUGAUCGACAACAAAACGACAUCUGGGCGCUCGGUAUCAUCUUGCUCGAGCUCGUUUGCGGCUGCACCAUGUGGGAGGAAGCCACCACCGCACACGCGACCUUCCGCCAGUUCAUCCGCAACCCAAUGUCCCUCCGGCGGACGUUCCCCCUCUCCCCUGCGUGCGUCAGCCUGCUGGCACGCGUGCUCGCGGUGGACCCCGCCGAGCGCCUCUCGCUCGCUGAGUUCCGCACGGCGCUCUGCGAGGUCCCCUCGUUCUGGAUACAGGAGUGGGAGCUGUGCGCCAUGGGCGACAGGACGGUCCGAGUCCUCGAGCAAGGGCUGUAG